AAUGCCAAACAUUCCUCUCAAUGAAGCCGGCAUUUUAAUUCUUGCUGCGACAUGAGGUGUUGUUUCCUGUAGCCCGCUAUGGCACCAGGGGACGUGGUGCCAGACCAUGCCAAGCAGCCGAAGUCCAAGGAGAAGCGGCCUGGAAACAGGGCAUCGAAAGCAGAAUGUGAGCCUGACGGGUCCUUUGUCUUUGAGGCCCAUGAAGCCUGGAAGGACUUCCACAACUCCCUCAGACAUUUCUACGAAGUGGGGGAACUCUGUGACGUCACACUGAAGGUUGGCAGUAGGUUGAUACCAUGUCACAAGCUGGUACUGGCUUGUGUUAUCCCUUAUUUCAGGGCCAUGUUCCUGUCAGAGAUGUCAGAGGCCAAGCAGGAGCUGAUUGAGAUCAAGGACUUUGAUGGUGAUGCCAUUCAGGACCUGGUGCAUUUUGCUUAUUCCUCGAAGCUCACCUUGACUGUGGACAAUGUCCAGCCGCUGCUUUACGCUGCCUGCAUCCUUCAGGUCGAGUUGGUGGCGAGAGCCUGCUGUGAGUACAUGAAGGCUCACUUUCACCCCACCAACUGCCUGGCAGUUCGAACCUUUGCCGAGAGCCACAACCGUGUGGACCUGAUGGACAUGGCCGACCGCUACGCCUGCGAACACUUCACUGAGGUAGUGGAGUGUGAGGAUUUCACAUGCGUGUCACCCCAACACUUGCGUACAUUAUUGUCCUCCAGCGAGCUCAAUAUUCACUCAGAGACACAGGUGUACAACGCAGCAGUGAAAUGGCUGAAAGCAAACCCUCAGCACCACGAGGCCUGGCUGGACCAGAUCAUGUCUCAGGUGCGCCUCCCUCUACUCCCAGUGGACUUUCUGACUGGAACUGUGGCAAAGGAUGAGAUGAUUAAAGGUAACCUAAGUUGUCGUGACCUGAUGGACGAAGCAAGAAACUAUCACCUGCACCUCAGCAACAAGGCGGUUCCAGACUUUGAGUAUUCAGUCCGCACAGUCCCACGGAAGCACACUGCAGGCGUUUUGUUCUGUGUGGGUGGGCGCGGGGGUUCUGGUGACCCGUUUCGCAGCAUCGAAUGCUACUCCAUCACUAAGAACAGCUGGUUCUUUGGUCCUGAAAUGAACAGCAGACGACGCCAUGUGGGUGUAAUAUCUGUAGGAGGCAAAGUUUAUGCUGUUGGGGGCCAUGAUGGCAACGAACACUUAGGCAACAUGGAGAUGUUUGACCCCCUCACCAACAAGUGGAUGAUGAAAGCCUCCAUGAACACCAAAAGGAGGGGUAUAGCUCUGGCAGCUCUUGGUGGUCCUAUAUAUGCUAUUGGAGGUCUGGAUGACAACUCCUGCUUCAACGACGUGGAGCGUUACGACAUCGAAAGCGAAUGCUGGAGCGCCGUGGCUCCAAUGAACACACCCAGAGGAGGAGUUGGAUCUGUGGCAUUGGGGAGUUUCGUGUACGCAGUGGGAGGCAACGACGGUGUGGCGUCCCUGUCGAGUGUGGAACGGUUCAAUCCUCACCUCAACAAGUGGUCAGAGGUCAGCGAGAUGGGCCAGCGACGGGCCGGGAAUGGAGUCAGCAAACUCAAUGGCUGCCUCUAUGUAGUGGGUGGUUUUGAUGACAACUCACCUCUGAGCUCCGUAGAGCGCUUUGACCCACGAAUGCACCGCUGGGAGUACGUGUCGGAGCUCACCACUCCACGCGGUGGAGUCGGAGUUGCCACAGUAAUGGGAAGAGUGUUUGCAGUCGGGGGACACAACGGAAACAUUUACCUGAACACGGUGGAGGCUUUUGAGCCUCGAAUGAACAGAUGGGAGCUGGUGGGCUCGGUGUCUCACUGCCGCGCCGGAGCCGGAGUGGCCGUCUGCUCGUCUCACGUCAGCCAAAUCAGAGACGUCGGUCAGGGUUCCAGCAACGUGGUCAACUGCAUGUGACGGCAACCCAAUCGUAGCAGGUGACUGGCAGCCAGGUCGCCUUCACAUCUGAUCCCUGCACAAGCACACAACACGAAGCACACAGACAACGUUUGUACUGGACAUCUUCAUGCUGAUGGCUGAUGUUCAGCUUGUAAACAGUAACUGAGGAAUUUUAGGGAGAUUUUACUGACUUGAAGUGCACAUUUGACAAAUCUGAAGUCUUCUUUGACGAAUAUUCAAGACGCGUUUCUUGACUCCUGCUGGUGUUACUUGCAAUCGUCGAUGUAGUAUUUUGUACUGUAUUUUCUUCUGUUUGUCUGCUUUGACAUAGUUUUGACUUUUUUUAAGGGAAAAUAGUAGCUGAGCCUUGUAUUUAAUACCAACCUCUUGAGAACGAGAGGAGAGCUCGGACUCGGAGCUCACGGUUAGCUGUGCACAUUAGAAAGAAGGACUUUACAGUGGGCCAGUAUGAAAGAUUGUAAAGGUCGCCUCUAACCAGUCGGUCUUCUGGCAGUUUUUGUUAUCCAGAUGUGACAAAUCAGUAAUUUGAAGACAUUCAUACUGUAUUUACCACCGACCUGCGCCGUUAAAUCGCUGACAUUUCUAUCAGUCCCAAACAAAGAUGUUGAGAUGCAACUAGUUUACAAGGUUACUGCGAUUUUAUUUCAGGAAUUUUAGAAUUGUUCCAUCAACAGCUUCAGCUGGAGUUAGCUGGAUCAUACCCCAGCAGUUCUGGCUUUGUUCUGCUGUUACCGUGCUUGAAUAUUCAUUUGCAACUCAUGGAACAAAUCACUAACUGUUUAGGAGGAGUUCAGCUGCGGCACGUGCCAAUCAGAGAAACGCCGUUGGACAAAGCUGUAAAUGCAAAUCCGCUUUAACCGCGAAGUCGACUUGUUUACCCCGACUUCAGAACUGGUUUACAACUUUAUUUGAGAGUCGAGGAUCGAUCAGAGCAAUAUGGUGCACAUCUUCACUUCUUUUCAAGUUUUACAUUGUUGUGUGGAGAUCUGUUCAAACUGACAGAGGCUCAAAUUCAAGAUUUACGUUUGACGAUAGCUGGACUGUCAGAAAUCCUAAUCAGAGAUUUUUCAGAUGUGUGUGAGAUUCAGCUGAGGUUUGUGUCUGCAGAUGGUUCGGUUAUAUUUUAAUAUAUGGACAUUUUUGUAUAAUAAAAUAGCCGUAUCUUUGGUAUUAUUCUUUACUAUACUAUCUAAUCCAUUGCUGUGCACUAUUUUCCUAGAAUAGAUGUGAAGUCUGAGUAUAUUUUUGUCCUAAAUGGAGAAUUUCAUGUUAUUCAUAAUAUAAGUUUGAAGAUGUCUAUUUAACACAAGUGGUUCUGCCAUAUUGAAGAAAAAUGUUUAAUUUCUGGCAACAGUUUUGUUUUUAAAUAGGUGGACAGAUGACUAUUUACUCUUUUUACGAGGUAAAACACAUAUUAUUGAACAGAUAGUGUGUCACAGGUAUUAAUACUAUCAAUCAUUUUUAAUAUUAAACUGAAGCCAACUUUGUUAGCAAACGAGUUUUUUUGUAAACUUUGGUGCGUAAACUUUGUGUUGUUCUUCCUCCUCUUGACUGCUUCCAUCUUGUGCUUUAUUUACAUUGUAUUGGUAUAAAUUGGUACAAUAAAGUUAUGUGUAAAGUUCA